UGAUUGGUUUGUCAGCCUGCCAAUCAAACGGAAACCGCUCAUGAACGUAAAGCAGUUUGUCAGACCUGCAAGUUGCUAUUAGGCCUAAAGCUGCGACUACAAUUGAUUAAAUUUGACGAUGAAAGUGGGAUUAGAACAUUAUAUUCUUUAUUUAUAGUUGGCAUUUGAAAAUACGUUUAAAGAAAAUGAUAAUAGAGGACGUGGAAGCUCUGAAAUCGUGGUUGUCGAAACUACUGCAGCCCAUAUGUGAUGCAGACCCUUCGGCUUUGGCAAACUAUGUUGUAGCCUUAGUAAAGAAAGACAAACCUGCAAAGGACUUGAAGGCACUUUGUGCUGAUCAGUUGGAUGUCUUUUUACAAAAAGAAACAACUGGCUUUGUGGAUAAACUUUUUGAAGGUUUAACUACAAAAAACUAUUUGGGAAAUCAAGAUCAACUCGCAAAGGAGGCUGCAAAAGUGGAAAUGAAAACAGGAGGUCAAAAAAUGGAAGAAAAUAAAGAAGUGACUGUAAAUUUGGAGGAAGAGAGGGAUGGGAGAAGAAAGAAAAGUCCUUUGAGAAACCGUCCUGAUCCAAAUGAAAUGCGGAAUCGUGAUGACAAGAGAAGGGAUGAUCGCAAGCGAAGAGAUUGUGACCGGCAUAACAAGAACAGCGACCCGUACAGAGAGCGAUAUGAUAGGCGCAGGGGAACCAGCAGGGGGCGAAGCUUCAGCAGGAGUAGGAGUCGAAGUGGCAGCAGAGGGAAGAGUGGAGACAGAGAUCACAGCCGCGCAAAAGUAGAUCACAGGUUAAAGUUUGAGGCGGAGAGGAAUGAGCUGGAGGGUUAUGUCCCAGUGUCUAUGCCAACCUCGAUCUCCGGGCAGCAACAGCAGCAGCAGCAGCAGCCUCAACAACAACAGCAGCAGCAGCCGCCUCAACAGCAGCAGCAGCAGCACCAGCAGCAGCACCAGCAGCAGCCUCAACAGCAGCAGCAGCAGCAGCAGCAGCAGCAGUAUUCCUGUGGGGGCCAAGCUAUCCCCAGCACCGUUGCUGUGGUAGCACCUGCUCACCUCCCAGACAGCACCACAGAGAGCUGGUCUAACUACUACUCUAAACGCAACGAAGGCAAGCCAUUCAGCAGGAGCGCCGCUCAGAAACGCCGCUGCAGAGACUACGACGAGAGAGGUUUUUGUGUGCGUGGUGACCUGUGCCCCUUUGACCAUGGCAAUGACCCUUUAAUAGUGGAUGAUGUCACGUUGCCAACCAUGAUUCCUUUCCCACCACCUCCUGGGCUUCCUCCCCCUGGUCUUCCAAUGCCCCCGAUGCCAGGGAUGCCCCCUAACCUCCGGUUACCCAUUCCUCCACAUGGGCAGCCUCCACCCCCAGGCAUCUUCCCAAUGCCAGGACCACCUUUAAUCCCAACAAGUGCAAUAAAUAAUCGUGAACACUCUGGAACGAGUUCAGUUUCUACUCUUGCACCAACAGGAGUAGGACCAGCUCCUCCUCUUCCUCCUCGUCCUUCUAUACCUCCACACCCACAGUAUACAUUAGCAGAAUAUAACUAUGAUCCUGAAGCUUAUAACCCGGAGGCACCUGGUAUCACAGCCUCGGGUAGACCUCAGUACAGACAGUUUAUCCCCAGAAUACAGACCCAGAGGUCCAAUCUUAUUGGACUCACCUCCAGUGAUAUGGACGUACCAAGUUCAAGAGCUGCCAAUAUAGUUAUCCAGACUGAACCAUCCGCCUCGGCCUUGACGAAUAAUAAUUUAUCAAGAUUCAGUAGUGAUCAAGACAACAGGAAGAGGCCACUGGCUGUCACUGACGCACCUCCAACUAAGAAAUCCUGGCUGGAAAAGCAAAAUUUCAACAACCAGCAUAAACCUGGCUUUCAAAAGAAAAAUCAUUACGCCUACGCCAACACCAAGCUUGAAGUUCGCAAAAUCCCCAGGGAUAUCAACAAUAUUGCCAAACUGAAUGAGCAUUUCAGCAAAUUUGGUACUAUUGUCAACAUUCAGGUUGUCUUCGGAGGGGAUCCAGAAGCUGCUCUUAUACAGUAUACUGUGAAUGAGGAAGCCAGGAGGGCUAUCUCCAGCACGGAGGCUGUCUUAAAUAACAGGUUUAUCAGAGUGUACUGGCAUAGGGAGAAUAAUGAGCAGCAGCAGCAGCAGACACCCUCUCAGGCCGCUUCAGUAGUACCUCAGCAUGCCAACGUUCAUAAGGUAAUGAACAAGCUGCUGAACCCUGGGUCAUACUCUCUCAAUAAGAUGAAAACUCGACCUGGAGCAAUGGCUGUAAAUAAAGCUGAUCCAUUACAUACAGGUUUCAUCCAGACAAGUGCUUCAGCAGAGGUUUCACAGGGUUUGAAUACCUCUGCAAGUCACCUGAAGGCAGUCUAUAGCUCCUCAGUCAUGAAGAUGACUUCAAAGCCAAUGGCAAAAUCAACCAAAGCACUUGAAGCACACGAGGCAAUGAAGAAAAAGCAGGAGACACUAAAAUUGCAACAAGACAUGAGGAAAAAGAAGCAAGAAAUGUUGGAGAAACAAAUUGAAUGCCAAAAGGUGUUAAUCAACAGACUUGAAAAAAAUAAGAAUAUGAAGCCAGAGGAGAGAGCGAACAUCAUGAAAACCUUCAAAGAGCUUACGGAUAAGAUUUCACAACUGAAGGAUGAAAUAAAACCAAACUCCAGUACUCCUGUGAAGUCCACUCAGCCCAAGACGAAAAUAGAUGCACAAAAGGAACUUUUAGACGCAGAAAUGGAUUUUCAUAAAAAACUGAGUUCAGGAGAAGACACUACAGAUCUAAAAAAGAAGCUUGGUCAGCUUCAGGUUGAGGCUGCCCGCUUGGGUCUCAUUCCCGCAGGUCGUGGAAAGGCUCCCCCAGUCCGAGGUCGUGGGAGGGGUCGAGGGAGAAGUGUGCGGGGAAGAGGAGUCAUGAAUCACAUGGUGGUUGAUCACAGACCAAGAGCGCUGGCAAUACUGGGAGUCACUAAAGAAGAAAAAGAGGAGUUAAUGCCUCACUUUGUAAAAUUUGGGGAGGUUGAAGAGCUACAUGAUUAUGAUGCAACAAGUAUUGUGGUGACAUUCAGGACAAGAAGUGAAGCGGAAAAUGCUGCAAACCAAGGUGCAAGGUUCAAAGGUCGCACUCUGCAGAUAUCGUGGUAUAAGCCCAAGACUCAGUCUAUAUCCACAGAGCCAGAUGAAGAGGAGGCAAAGGAAGAGGAGGUGGGAAGCACUCUUUUGCCUGAGGAAGAAGAGGAGGAUGAUGACGAAGAGGAUGAAGAUGAGUCUCGUUCUUGGAGAAGAUGAGAGGAAAUGAUAACCUUUUUUGUGAAAAGGACUUUUUUUUGUUUAUUUGUUUUUUAAGAACAAUUUAGUUGUUCUUUAAGGCAGAAAUCAUGUAUUUUGGAACUGAGAGGUUGAGUUUUGAGAUCUUGGAUGCCAAAAUGAUUGAAGUAUCUGAAAUGGUACUUUUUUGUAAUAGACAAAAUAGGAAUGUGAGAAAAUGACAAAACUGCAAUCUUAAUUUCACGUCUUGGCACGCUUUUUGUGUUUUCAAAGAUCCAACCUCAAAAAAGAAUUGCGAGCCCCAUCCCUCAUUAUAAUGCUCUGUAUAUUCACGUAUUUCCCCUCCUGCUUACAUUUUUAGUUUGUUAAUCAGCUCAUCUUCCUUAUAAGAGUAUUGCAUUCCAGUAUAAUUCUCCAGUUCUAGUGCUUAGUUUGAAAUCCCUGUGUUAAGAAGAAAUGCUGCAGUCCUUGUGUAAAAUGUAAUUGUGGUCGUCAUUGUGUUUCAUAUACAAAACAAACAGACGAUAAAAGAAAAUGCACAAAAUGGACCAUAUAUAAAAAAUUAGAAUAAUCCAGGGUGUCAAAAUAAUUGCCUUUUUAAAAGAUUUUACCUCCAGGCCUGUGCUCAUCCAGAGCUUUCGCUUGUGUUUGGCAGGAACAGUAAGCAAUAAGGAAAAGUAUUUAAAUCCUUACAGGGCUUUGGACUGCUCCACUAAAAGAUUUUCACUGUUUCCUGGAAUAGAAAAAGUAGAAUUUUGCAGCGUUACAAACUCUGCACUGAAAAAGUUGUCCCAUUGGGUAAGCUGCUUACCUCAUGUAUUGCAUUUUUUUUUAAACUAAGACAGUGUUUGAACAUUUCUUAUGGUUUUGUAGCAAAAGCCAGCACAAACACUAAUGUUGCUAAAGAUAUUGAGAUAUAGAUCUCUUUUUUUUUUUUUUUUAAUAAUUUGAUCCACCAUAAAUUGUAUACCUUUCACGAUGCCAUCAAAAACGUGUUAACAUCAUGAAGGUAUUCCCCUGGCUCCUCUGAGCCACCUCACCAAUUCCUCAGUAAAACAAAAACCUGUACUUGCUAGUGUUAAAGAACCAAAAUAUAUAUAUAGUUUUAAAACAGUCUUAAAUCUGUUAUUUUUAAAAAGUACACCAGUAGAUCAGAGUUAAGAUGUACUAAUUUUUAGUAAAGUGAGAGACUGGUUUAACACCCCUCCAACUAAAAAGCAUGCUAAAAUCUGGAAAGGCAAUCUACAGAAAUGAUAUCUUCCCCCCUUUUUUAAAUAUAUAUGCAUUGACAGUAUAUGUACAGGUACACUUCAGAAUUGCAGGACUGUAGGUGCCAGUAUUUUUGGGAGAAAAAGUGCUAGACAAAACGUGAAUCGCCCCGUAUUAUAAUAAAUAUAAUGGUAGCCAGUGUAAGCUGUUUCUGUCAUCACCCAGAUAAUUAUCCAGCCUUCGUUUCUGUUUGUAAUUGGGGGAUCUGGAAUUACUAACAUUUGUAAACCUUUCUCACAUCCCUGUUCAAGAGUCUGUAUUAUUUAGCAUGGAACCAGCUAAAUGCAUCUGCUAUAGGCAAGGAGUGUUGUUUGAAUGUAAAUUUAAAACAUGUUUUGUUUUGUAUAUAAUUUUGCCUUGCUGUGUAUUAAAUUACCAGCAGACAGCUGCAUUUUAUAAAAUUCCUGUGUUUUUUUUUUUGUGUGUACAAAUGUUUGGGGGGAGAACAAGGAUAAGAAUAAUGCAGAUAAAUAUUUUUUUUAAAGAAUAGAUUAAAUGAAUAUGUUGGAGGUAUGUGGCAGUGGCAAAAAAAGAAAAAAUCCUGUGCACAUGAUUUCAACAGAACUCAACCUUUUUCUGUGCCCAGUUUUUGGAUACAGUUAUUGAAGUAACAUUGCAGUUCAUAACUUCACAGUAAUCUGCUUAAGAUGCAAGUAGAGGUUUUAUUUACCCAAGUAAUGAUGUCUUGGAGUAUUUGUAUUGUUACUUUUAUUUAAAGAAUAAAAUAUCACUUUGCUUUCUUUAGUAUCUGAACUCAGUAUUAUUCAGUAGAGUCACUAUUAAUUAGACUUAUCUAGCCUAGUGUUCUGUAUGAUUUAUUGAGCAGAGUACAAUACUACUGAAAGCUUAUCUUAAGUAAUUACUAUAUUGUUAAACUUAAAAUAUUUUCAAUAUUGUUUACAGAUAUGGUACUGAGUGGUGUACAAACGUUUGUUUACAGCCACAAGGCAUUUGUAGUGUUUUAAACCAACAUGUUUUGUUCUUUGUAGUGAAAAAACAAUGAUUUUCACAACCUAAUACACCACCUAUAUAUACAGAAAAUACUGUAUCUGUUUAGUUGUACAGCAUAUCCCAUUGUUUAGGACUUUAUUCAGGAUAAUACACCACUCAUAGAAUCAUCCUUUUACAUUUUUGGUGCUAAUAUUCUGUAGCCUUAUCACAAAGAUAAUUUUACAGUAGAAGCGUGUUUUGGGCCCUGUAAGUUAAUUGUUCUUUCAGUGGUGGACUGCAUUGUUUUGUGAAGUGAUGAUUGAACUGCAUGUUGAGCGACUAAGAAUCAUGUGAAAGGACCCUGCCAUUUCCCCCUUAUUUGUAGAAUAACAAACCAUGUAUUAUAGUUUUACAUACUGUUGCUGUGUAUUAUUACAUUUUGGAACUGUUAUUGGAUUUGUAACUGUUUAUACAUUGGGAUUUGUGAAUGUAUUUUGAUUUAUUGUUUAUAAUAUCAAUUUCUAACACACUAGCAUGUUCACUUUCCCAAUAAACAUAAUGGAAUGGUUUGAACAAGUAAAGGAUGGGGGGGGGGG